AUGCUUGGGCGGGAGGCAUCUCGUCCGCGACGAGGGACGAACUCGCGCUCUUUUGAGUCGGAGGAUGAGGGGCCUGCUGUUAGCUCUUCUGCUUCGCAGAAGAUCCCGCUCUCAUCGAAGCCGGAGCGACCUGAUUCUUUCGCGGAGCGAGAGUCCACGGAAUACACCGUGCGUGUCUCGAGUGAACGGCCCCGUGAGGGAAUAGCUAGUCGCGCUAGCAACUACGAUACAGACCAGGAAGCCGAUGACCGUCAAGGCGCGGCGUCACCAACAAUGACGCCUAGUUAUCCGCGAUCGAAAGAGUCGGUUGAGCAUGGGCUCUUGCGAGAUCUACCGUUCAACCUUCAGGGCCUAUCUUCUUCCAACCUGCGAUUUCAAUCUUCCUCAGUCCUGAAGCUUCCGGCUACGUUGCCUUCUCCCAUAAUUUCUCUUCUGCACUCCCUGGCGGAGCCUUGUCUUCUUUACAAAGAGUUGUCGGAGUUUUGCGAUGGUGAGAAUAAGGGAUUGGUUCACCAGAGCUUGAAAGCGGCUAUCUCCAAAGAAUUACACUCCUACCUUGGCUUGGUUGCAACGCUGGAGGCGGAAAUUAGACAAGCCUUGGUCGCAAUUGGAGAUGGAACCCAGCUCCAGGGCGUGAGAAAGGGAGGCGUUACUUUGAAGCGGUGUAUGGUAUGGACGCGGGAUGCAACUAUGGCCCUUCGGCUGAUGAGUCUGAUUGUUGAGGAAUCUCGUGAUAAAAAGGGUGGUCAGUUGAUUUCCUUGAUCCACGGAUUUUCUACAUCGCACGGGGACCCUUUCGUGGGUGCCUUUGCCGAGAAGCUCCUGGCCCAUGUUACCCGUCCGUUCUACGAUAUGCUGCAGCUAUGGAUCUACGAUGGCGAACUUUCUGAUCCGUACAAGGAAUUUUUCGUCGACGAGCCAGAAUUUCGGCCAAGCAAUGACCCGCGUGGCAUCGCAACGAGCGUGUGGGAGCACAAGUACAAAUUGGUCGAUGGACUCAUCCCUUCGAUUGUCACUCGUGAAUUUGCAGAGAAAGUCUUCCUCAUUGGAAAGUCAUUGAACUUCAUCCGGACCGGGUGUGAGGAUUCUGCGUGGGUAGAGGCGUAUUCUAAAGAAGCUUCAAAGGAGCUGAAAUAUGGCGAUACGGACACUUUGGAGUCUUCGAUUGACCAAGCUUACAAGACAACCAUGGCACGACUGAUCCAUCUCAUGGAUGACAAGUUUAAGCUGUUCGAUCACUUGCGAGCGCUAAAGAAGUAUCUGCUGUUAGGCCAAGGCGACUUUAUCGCUCUGUUGAUGGAGUCACUGGCCUCGAAUUUAGACCGCCCUGCGAACUCACAAUAUCGACAUACGCUCACUGCCCAGCUGGAGCAUGCUAUUCGAGCUUCAAAUGCCCAGUACGAUUCUGCUGAUGUGCUUCGUCGGUUGGAUGCACGAAUGCUUGAACUCAGCCACGGUGAAAUCGGCUGGGACUGCUUUACACUGGAAUAUAAGAUCGAUGCCCCGGUCGACGUGGUGAUUACGCCAUGGGGGUCGAGGCAAUAUCUCAAAGUUUUCAACUUCUUGUGGCGCGUGAAACGGGUUGAGUUUGCCCUAGGUAGCGCCUGGCGCAGAUGUAUGACCGGCGCAAGAGGAGUGCUAGGAAAUGUGGAGGACAUUCUUGGAGCAGACUGGAAGCGCGCACGAUGUGUCAUUGCAGAAAUGAUCCAUUUUGUCUGCCAGCUCCAAUACUAUAUUCUCUUCGAAGUGAUCGAGUCUAGUUGGGAUCAACUUCAGAACGAGAUGUCAAAGCCGGAUUGCACUCUUGGCGACCUGAUUGAUGCACACAAUAAAUAUCUCAACUCUAUUACACAUAAGGGCCUGCUAGGCUCUGCUUCAACCCCACGAUACGGCUCUUCAACCUCAACAUCCGCGAAACAGCCAGAAGAAAGUUUCCUCUCCCAGCUCCAUCAGAUUCUGAAGAUUAUGCUUGCGUACAAGGACGCCGUGGAUGGCCUCUACUCAUUUUCUGUUGCUGAAUUCACCCGCCGACAGGAACUCAUGGCUAAAAUCGAGACACGAACAGCGCAAGGCCGCUGGGGCGUUACAGACGGCGACAUACGUCCACGCCGGGCGAACAGCCGCGGAGGUGCAUCUAUAGCAUCCACCCCGGACUAUCGGCCCACAAGUGCAGGGGUCGACGGAAUUGAAACACCUUAUUCCCUCGACGGAGCUGAUAUGAACGACGAUCAAAUGCUUCCAACCCUACGCACCCGGCUCCGCGAUCUCUCAGCCGACUUCAAAUCGCGCCUCAAUCUGCUACUUGGAGACCUUGCCUAUCAACCUGAUGUGGACAUGCGCUUCUUGGGUGUGGUCAUGAAUUUCAAUGAUGUAUAUGAGCCUGUUCGUCCAAACCGUCGGAAGGCUACGACUACUUCUCGGGACAAGGAGAAGGAGAAGGAGCGGGAACGCGCGAAGAGGAAAGCAGCGGGUACUGCUGCAUCGGCAAAUGCUGGGUCUGGGACGGAAUCCACUGCCCCGAAGGAGGCUCGUCGAGAGUAG